AUCCGCAAGAAGCUGGUGGUGGUGGGCGACGGGGCGUGCGGCAAGACGUGCCUGCUGAUCGUGUUCAGCAAGGACGAGUUCCCUGAGGUGUACGUGCCCACCGUCUUCGAGAACUACGUGGCCGACAUCGAGGUGGACGGCAAGCAGGUGGAGCUGGCGCUGUGGGACACGGCGGGCCAGGAAGACUACGACCGCCUGCGCCCGCUCUCCUACCCGGACACCGACGUGAUCCUCAUGUGCUUCUCGGUGGACAGCCCGGACUCGCUGGAGAACAUCCCGGAGAAGUGGGUGCCCGAGGUGAAGCACUUCUGCCCCAACGUGCCCAUCAUCCUGGUGGCCAACAAGAAGGACCUGCGCAACGACGAGCACGUCCGCAACGAGCUGGCGCGCAUGAAGCAGGAGCCCGUGCGCACCGAGGACGGCCGCGCCAUGGCCAUCCGCAUCCAGGCCUACGACUACCUCGAGUGCUCGGCCAAGACCAAGGAGGGCGUCCGCGAGGUCUUCGAGACGGCCACGCGCGCCGCCCUGCAGAAGCGCUACGGCGCGCAGAGCGGCUGCAUCAACUGCUGCAAGGUGCUAUAGGGGGGGCGCCCCGCCUGCCCGCCCGGGGACACUGCCCGCCCCACGGACACCGCCGGCGCGGGGAGCUCGCUGCCCGCUCCUCCCUGCGCGCCUGGGUUGGGCUCCUUGAUGAUGUUUCACAUGUGUCUCGAUGGGGUUAAUUUUAAAGGUUUUUUUUUCUGUUCAAAAGAGAAUCUUACUUUGCACAAGGCGGGGGUUUCUGUGCUGCACUUGUCAUCUGCAUUGGACACUAGCAUUGCGAACACUUUUUUUUUGUUUUGGACUCGGUAACCUCAUGUUGCUGCCGACUAAACUACAGAGAGAAGAGGAAAUAGAACCACUGUAACUUAAUUUUUUUUUUCUUUUUUUGAAAAAAAAUGAGUGGAAAGGAAACACUGUCUUGCUUUGCGUUUUGUUUUGUUUUGUUUUCCGUGUCUGAUGCACAGAAUAAUUGUUCCUCUCUUUCUUCUUAAUGCUAGAGGGCAGUUUUAAAGUGUUUGGGUUUAUUUAAAACUUAUUUUCACGGGGUAGCUUGUACACCAAUGUGAAAAUAAUCUGUAUUUUUUCUCUGAUUCAGAGAACAAUCCUGUCUAACUCUCUCUGGUCCCCCCCCUCUGCCCUGCCCCACCUUGACAGUGGUACUAAGACUGUUUUGUUUCACUUAUGUCUACUGUUGGUUUUCUUUUUCUUUUUUUAAUAAAAUAAACUGACAUGGCAAAAAUGAGAGACAGAUGAUGUUUACAUGAAGUUACAUAAGCUGUGUAUGCAGUUUUUUUUAUGUAUUAAAAGAGUCUAUGCUGAAA